ACUCCCGCCGAGGCCGCACUUUGGUGCAGAGGGAACCUGGGCAGAGGGGCUGGCAGCGGAGUCACCGGAGUUGGAGAUACUGGGAAUUCAUGCACACUUGAGGAUGAGCCGUGAAGUGCUUGAAAGUGGAAUACUUUAAGAUGUGCCACCUUUGGAAGCUGUAGCCAAUUCCAGGAUUUAUUAUCAAUUUGAAGUAGUGACUGUAACCCACUGAGCCCGGCUUGUGUCUGGGGCUGCACUGACCUGUCUGGAAAUCUUGAGCUACAGGCAGCUGUUGAUGGAGUGAUCAGGCGGCUAGUCUUGUUUGAAAAGGAUUCCAGGCGUAUAAUGCACCCCAGAUUUCGAGGAAUUGUGUAAAAAAAAGGAUGAUGGAAGACGAUGAUGAUGAUGCAAAACUCAAAGAAGAAAUAGAAGCUGAAUUGAAUAAAAUCAGCAUAUCUUCUUUGGAAAACGAUGUUGAUAGUGAUUCAAAAUCAGAAACCCAGAGUGAUGAUAGUGAUACAGAUUUAGAUGACUUACCAGAAUCAGUUCUUCACUGCAUUAAUGUCAUAAAGAAUAAGAGUAAAACUGCUGAAGAGCUCAUUCUUCAGGACAUGGAAGAUACUGAUGUUUUAAGCUGUAGUUAUGGAGCAGUUUCUAAUGAUCAUAUGCAUUUAAGGAUAGAAUUAUCAACAGAAUAUAAAGAAAAUCCAGAACCAUUAAUGAAGAUAUUAUCUGAAAUAGAAAAAGAAGAAUUUCUAAGAAGUAGGACCCAUUGUGACAGUCCUGAUUCUGUUCCAGAGUUGGGUCCUCGUGAUUUAUCUGUGAAUGAACAGACUUUGCCAGAUGACACUGAUAUAAAUUUUGGAUACUGUGAAGUGGAAGAAAGGUGUAGACAGUCUUUUGAGGCUUGGCAAGACAAACAGAAAGAACUAGAAGACCAAGAGAAAGAAGCUCUUAAAGCUCAGAGGGAUAAAGAAGAAAAGGAGUUUCAAGAAGAAGAGGAAAAGAGAUAUUGGUGGAUGAAACAAUUUGAAGUUGAAAAGAAGAAAUUAAAGAAUAUUCAGAAGCAAGAAGAGGACAGGAUGAAUGAUGAACUCCAUAAAGAAGAGACAAUGUGGAAAGAGAAAGUUAAACAGCAUGAGGAGUUUAUUAGAAACCUGCAUUUACAAAUGGAAGAAGAAAGAACAAGAUUUAAAGACCUACAGGAAAAAGAAAAACUGCGUUUGUUAAAAUUGCAGCAUAAUGCAGCUGUAAAAAUUCAAGCUAAAUAUAAAGCAUUUGUUGUCUACCAAAAAUAUGGCCCAAUCAUAAGAGAACAAAUAGAAAGUAAGAAAAGGAAAGCACAAGAAUGGAAAGAAAAGGAAGCAAAAAUACGACAAAUGGAAGAAGAAAAACGAAAAAGAUUAGAAGAGGAAAAAAGAAUAGAAGAAGAGGUAAAGAAGCAGAAGCAAGAGGAAAAGAAAAGGAGAGAAAAAGACUAUGAAGAGAAAAAGAACAUUCUGAGACGAGAAAAAGAACAAGUACUAAACAAGGAAAAAUUAAGAUUAAAAGAAGAAGCAAGUAAGCAGCUGAUAAUAAAUAGUAUAUUUAAGCAGGGAGAAUAUAAUACCAAACAUUUAACUGUUGAAGAUAUAUCGAAGAAUAAGGAUAAUAUAUCCAAAAAGCUAGGACAUGAAAAGUCAAAGAAGUUGGAGCAUGUUCCCCUUUAUCUGCUUGAAGAAUCAAAAAAGAAAGAAAAUGUAGGUAGACAGCAUGUAUUAAAAGAUUCAAUACAAGAAAAAAUAAAAGAUUCUAUAUCAAACCCAACAUUGUGGGCAGAAUUUAAAAUGGAAGAAAAAAAUGAAAACCUAACAAAAAAAGAAUGUUCAGAAAAGUUGGUUAAGCAAGAAAAAAAAUAUGAAAAUGUGGACCAAAAAAUUAAAUUGAUAAAUCCAAAUCUCAAAGAAAAAGUGACAGAACAUUCUCAACUACAAGAUUUAAAAUCUCAAAUACAAAAAGAAGAAACCAUGAAAACUGAUAAUAUGCAACUAGAACACCAAAUAACAUUAGUAGCUAAUCAGGAAAUUAACAAGGUGAAAAACAAUGAAGCACAAAAAAUAAUUAAAGAUAAUCAGCAGAAUAAGAUACAAAAAAUAGAUAAAGAAGAGCUAACAGAACAGAAUGGAACAUUGUACGAAGGGACUAUUUCAGUGAUUCCAACAAAACAAAAACUGCCUCUAAAAUCAGAAAAUUUUGAGGAUAUAGAGAAAAAUCUAAAAAUAACAAAAGAAGAAAUUAAUUUAAAAUCCAAAGAAACCGAAGACAACCAAAAAGGCGAUGCUAUGAUAAAUUUAGAAGACAAAAUAAACAAGAAAGACUGUAUUUUAGAUAGAAAUGCUCCUUCCGAAGAUUUUGGUAGCUAUAAUGCAAAAAAUUCUAUGGUUUUUACAGGAGUAAAUUUUCUUACAUCUCAGAGUAAAGGACUUCCCGAAGAAUGUCUUGAAAAUGGACCUGAAAGCUGUGUGACCUGUUCCAUUUCAGAGCCAGCACUUAUAUCUUCUAUUGAAGAAAAGCGACAAGUUUGGAUGAAAUCAUUUAAACCUUGGUUUGAAAUUUCCAAGCAAAAUCAACAAAAGAAAACUGUUAAGAAAAAGAGACCUAUAAAAUGCCCAGCCAACUUGAUGCCUCCUUUGAAUACACAAGAAAUUCUUCAGUGUGGCCCUUGGCAUACAUUACAGCAGGUUACAACAGUUACAUUUCAAGAUUUGCCAGGUUGUAGUCUUUCCACACUGGCCGAGUGUACAAAUCUUCAGUUUCUGUCUCUUCAACGCUGUGGAUUAACUAAUUUACACAGCCUGAGCAACUGUAAAAAACUAAAGUACAUUGAUGCACAGGAAAACCAUAUUGAGAGUAUCAACUGUGAAAAUUUGGAAAAUCUUUGUGUUGUUCUUCUUAAUAAAAAUCAACUGACUUCUUUUCAUGGUUUGGAUGGCUGCACUAAUAUUCAGAACCUUGAACUUUCACAUAAUAAAAUCACUCGAAUUGGUGGUUUAGAAUCUUUGAGAAAUCUUCAGCAACUAAUUGUGGACCACAAUCAGUUAAUUAGUACUAAAGGUCUUUGUGAUACUCCUACCAUUAUAUACCUGGAUUGCUCACAUAAUCAUCUUACUGAAGUAGAAGGCAUUGAAAACUGUGGAUUGCUCCAAAUAUUGAAGUUACAGGGAAAUUACCUAAGUGAACUUCCAUCCUUGAAGAAUCAUGUUCUAUUAAGAGAAUUACAUUUGGAUGAUAACAGCAUUUCAACUGUGGAAGCAUUUUCUUCAUAUUGGCUGCCUUUGCUACAAAAGCUCACUAUCUCUCAAAACAGUUUGACAAAAAUCAUACCACUUUUUCAUUUUAUUUCUUUGGAAAAACUAGAUGUCAGCAACAAUUGUCUUUCUGAUCUUACAAGUGUUAUGAGAUGGUUUGAUGCAUGUUAUUCUCUCCGUGAAUUAUCUCUCACUGGAAACCCACUACUUCAAGAAAUAAACUGGAGGCAUUCUCUACUUGAAGUGUUACCUGCUCUAAGAAUUCUCAAUGGUGAAAUGCUAAACUCUUAUUCAGAAAGCCACACUGAUGAGCACUGUCAAUUAGAAUUAGGACAGUUCUUGAUACUUUGUCAAUCCCAGAUUAAAGAAUUCAACUUAUUAAUCGAGAACUACAUUACUGGAAAAGGAAAUAUAUUCACCUUGGAUGCUGCAGAAAAUCUCUGCCUUUAUUUUCAGAAAUUGAUGACACUUAGUAACGAAUACCGUUAUAUGCACGAGCAUGGAGAUGUCAGUAUCACUAAGAGAGAUGAAUCAGAAGCCCAGCAAAAUCAUUUGACCCCUGCAAGUAGUGAUAACAUAUUGCAAAAUAGAGACUUCUACUCUUGUGAACAUAACCCAGACUCAGCAGAUAUUUCUGAGAAAUGGAUGGAUUCUGACUCUAAUCACUCCCCAUUAAUCAAUUCCACUGUAUGUGAAGAUACAGAAGGAAGAAAUCAAGAAAAAAUAGGUCAGAAAACAGAAGACAACACAGAUAUUCCCCCCAAAAGAAUUCCAUUCAUGGAAACAGUAUUGACAAUGUCUCUAAAGAGGGAUUGCCAAAAUAUUGAACAUCAGAAAAAAAUUAUGGCAGCUUCGGUGAUCCAGGCAUACUGGCGUGGGUAUAUUAAGUGCAGCCGAACGCCUCUCUCUACACAGCUACAUGCUGCUGCAACAGAAUUCACAUCUCAGUCAAAUUCCUACGUGAAGAAUCAAAAUAUUUUAAAGAAUAAAAAAACAGAAAAUAUUGUAACUAUGCAAGAACAAAGGGAGAAGGCUGCUAUUCUUAUUCAGGCAGUUUGGAAGGGCUUUCUUUUGCGAAAGAAACUGACAACAGCUCUAGAGGCUAUUAGGAAUGAGGAGUCUGAAGAAGAAUAUGAAGAAAUAGAUUUAGAAGAUUUUACGUUUGAUGAAGCUGCCUUAGAGAAAGAAUGGUUAGCUUUAGAUUCCGCCCGCUUCCCUUCACAAACACUGUCUCUACCAAACCAGCUGCACUGGCCAAAGUUCUCUGGAACAUUAAAAUGUGAUACUUCACUUAAUUUACCAAGUCGUCCAGCUCAAGCAUGGCUAUGUAGUGAGAAAGAAAAUAUGUUUUCAUCAGAACACACACAUUUUAAUAACAGGUCAGAAAAUGGAACUUUAUCCUUGACACCUGAAUCAAAAACCAGUAAAAAGAGUUUGCUAAAAUCUGAAAAAGAAGAAAAAAUUUCAGAAGAAUGGGGCUUUAAAGAUAUUUCCACUGCUCAGCAAAUGCUGAAGAGAGCACAGAAAAUGAAAUCAAAGAAAUUAAGGAAAAAAUUAGAUGCCACUGUGCGCUUAGAAUUAUUCAAAAACAAUGAAGAUAAAGUUUCCUUUUCAAAAUCACCAAAGAAGAUACAGCCCAGAAGAGAUGGUUAUUUUGAAGUGACACCCUGGAACCUUGAUCUUGACCUGGAUUUACAGACUCCAACAGAUAGCCUGACCUCCAGGAUAGGCAAGGAAGAAGAGUUUAUCCAUAAGAAUUCUGCUGUAAAUGAAAAAUUAGAAAGGAGUAAAGAAUACACAUACCAAUGGCUUCACACGCAGGUUGGGGUUCAUGAAACAACUGGUUCCAGAAAUACGAAAUGCAAUCACUUCUUGCCUGAGUUAGAUCCAGAUGUACGCAAUGGUGGGAGAGUUCAGCUUGUGGCAAGACUUGUAAGCAGAGAAGACACGGAUUUAGACCUUUUUUCCAUGACCAGUGGAAGUGCUUUGUCUGUGAAGAGAGAAAAAAAAAAUCAGGCACACAGACACUCAGCGGGAUCCUCAAGUUGUUCAGUUAAGGGAAUACUUGCACCAACGAUAACAAAUACAAGAACUUCUAAGAAAGAGCGUAUAUCAUUCCGUGACAAUCCUGUACAACUCAGUGGUGGAUGGGGAAGUGGCAAAAAGAAGGUGAAAACAUCAAACUAACACUUCAAGCUUCACCUUUCAAAACAUGAGUUUCUUUUCAAGAGAUCUGUGGCUAUCUGGUCAUGUUAACAAUUGGAUUCAAAAUUUCAGAGUACUGUAUUUAAUUUGUACUGUUAUAUAUAUUUUAUAAUUUUUGUUUUCUAAUAAUUUAUCUUGUUACCUACCUGAAAAAUAGUUUUGCAGUUGUCUCUGUUUCAUGUGGAAUGAUUGUCUCCAGAAAAUUAGUUCUUGAAAUGUUGUAAUAGAGUUUGCAUAACCAGUUUCCUUUCUGUAUCAAAGAUGCUUUUUGUUGCCAAUAAUAAGUUGUAAUACCUCACACAUUUUAUAAGUGACUAGAGCUAUAUUUUAUUGACACUGUUCAA